GCAAAAAAGAAUCAUUCAUUGAAGAAUGGAAACGAGUAUUAGAUUUUUUUUGGGUAACACAGGAGUAAUUAGUUUAUGACCGAUUGGAGCAGUGAGAUUUAAAUUCUCUCACUCUCUCUGGUCCCUAGUCAGAGUACCAACCGCCCUUUCAUUGCCACUUCCAAGACAAAGGCCCCACGUUUUUCCACGCACUUUCCUUCCUCCCUCCUUCACUCUCUCACUUUCCCUCCUAUUUUCUUCCAGUUUCCCUUCAACCAAACACACCUGUACUUGUUUGUCAAAGAUUUGAAACCAGCUCACUUGUAGACACUCAGCUUGAAGUCUUAAACACAAGCAACAAACCCAGAAAAAUAGAAAAGAAAUUUUCAAAGUUCCAACAUUUCUCGCCAAGUAAUUGUGUCACAUAGAUUGUUUGACACAUUCCAUCUCAUUUUUCCCAUUGCUUUCCGUCUAGGCAAACAUGCUUCGGCCCUUCUUCGUAAUCUUUUCUAUCCUCCUCUUCUUUCCUUUGCUAUCUGUUUCCUCACGCACCGAGCUCCCUACUCUUAUGGCCAUGAAAGCCUCUCUGGACCCACAAAACCAGUUCUUGACCUCAUGGACUCCUCACUCUGAUCCCUGUAGUGGAGCUUUUGAAGGCGUGGCGUGCAAUGAGCAAGGCCGCGUUGUCAAUAUCUCUCUGCAGGGAAAGGGUCUUUGGGGCCAAAUUCCUGGAGCUGUGGCUGAGCUCAAGAGCUUGACGGGUCUGUACCUGCAUUUCAACUCUUUGAGUGGGAAGAUACCUAAGGAGAUUACGAAUCUUAGCGAGCUAAGCGAUUUGUAUCUCAAUGUGAAUAAUCUAUCUGGGGAAAUUCCUCCUGGGAUUGGAAGCAUGCCUAAUCUUCAAGUUUUGCAGCUCUGUUAUAACAGGUUGACUGGGAGCGUACCAACACAACUGGGACACCUGAAGAAGCUUAAUGUUCUUGCUUUGCAGUAUAAUCAAUUAGCUGGUGCCAUUCCUGCUAGUUUGGGUGAGCUGGGGAGUUUAACAAGGUUGGAUUUGAGCUAUAAUAGUCUGUUUAGUUCAAUUCCUGCAAAAUUAGCUGAUGCUCCUAUGCUAGAAGUUCUUGAUAUCCGAAAUAAUUCUCUGUCAGGCAAUGUCCCACCAGCAGCUCUGAAGAGACUAAAUGGAGGAUUCCAGUACGGAAAUAAUCCAAGCUUAUGUGGUGUUGGGUUUCCUGGGUUAAAUGUUUGCACAGCUAGUCAUAGUCAGAACGGAAGCAGACCGGAACCAUUUGAACCUAUCAAUUUUUCUCCAGACUCAUCUAGAAAUGUAUCCAUGAAGGAUAUCCCGGAGUCUGCAAAUUUACACUCAAACUGCAGCAGAUCCCACUGUUCAAAGACAUCAAAAUCUCCACAAAUUGGUGUGGUUAUGGGGGUUGUUGGAGUUUUGUCUACUUUUGCUGUCACCGGACUUUUCACAUUCUCAUGGUACCGUCGCCAAAAACAGAAAAUUGGGAGUGCUUUGGACACCUCAGAUAGCCGGCUUAGUACCGACCAGAUCAAGGAAGUUUCCCGGAGGAGUGCAUCUCCUCUCAUCAGUUUGGAGUAUUCAAAUGGAUGGGACCCAUUGGCUAGAGGUGGCAGUGGGUUCUCCCAGGAAGUUCUUGAGAGCUUUAUGUACAAUUUGGAAGAAGUGGAGCGUGCAACUCAAUGCUUCUCCGAGGUGAAUUUGUUGGGGAAGAACAAUUUUUCUGCCAUCUACAAGGGGAUCCUGAGAGAUGGAUCAGUUGUUGCUGUAAAGUGCAUUGCCAAAACUAGCUGCAAGUCUGAUGAAGCUGAAUUCUUGAAGGGAUUGAAGAUAUUGACAUCAUUGAAACAUGAAAAUCUUGUUAGAUUAAGAGGUUUUUGUUGCUCAAGGGGCAGGGGAGAGUGUUUCCUUAUCUAUGACUUUGUCCCAAAUGGAAGUCUAUUACAUUAUCUCGACAGCAAGGGGCACAGUGGGAUGACUCUUGAAUGGUCAACCAGAGUAUCUAUCAUUCAUGGAAUUGCCAAAGGUAUUGUGUAUUUACAUGGAAACAAAGGCAACAAAUCUGCUAUCGUUCACCAGAAUUUAUCAGCUGAGAAAGUGCUUCUUGAUGCCUACUAUAAGGCCAUGGUUUCAGACCCAGGGCUACACAAACUUCUUGCAGAUGAUAUUGUCUUCUCCAUGCUCAAAGCCAGUGCUGCCAAGGGAUACCUGGCUCCUGAGUACACAGCCACUGGUCGCUUCACUGUGAAGAGUGAUGUAUAUGCAUUUGGUAUGAUUGUAUUUCAAAUCCUCAGUGGCAAACAGAAAAUCACUCAGUCUAUUCGCCAAGGGGCAGAGUCCUGUAGAUUUGAAGAAUUUAUCGAUUCAAACCUCAAGGGGAAGUUUUCAGAAUCAGAGGCGGCUAAACUUGGAAUAAUUGCUCUUCUUUGCACCCAUGAAUCUCCUAACCACAGGCCAUCCAUGGAAAAUGUGAUGCAAGAAGUGAGUGGUCUUAUCUACAGUUCUUGCUCUUCUUACCAAGUUGUCGCCUAAAUUUUCGAUAACUGGUGGUAGAUAAAGUAAUUACUAACUACUAAUUAUUGCUAAAGUUGUGUGCUUACUGACUUUUGUAUCCUUUUUGAAGACCGAAUUAAUAUUGUGAAUGGCACGCAUGUACUAGUCUAUUGUAAUUUGUGGGCUUCUACUCCUAUAUAUGUUUUUGUUCAUGUU